AUGGGCUGCGGGAAGAGCAAGGUGAGGGCGGGCGCCCCGCCCCAGCCGGAAGCCAACGGCCGCCGGGGCCCGGGCAGCCAAUCGUCAGCUAAGGACCAUUUCCCUUGUCAGCCUUUGCCAGAAAACCCAGCCAUUGGUGUGAGCAGACCCUCAGGGUCCACCAGCACAAGCCUCUUGGACCCCAGAGCCCGGCUCAGGGCCUAUAUAGAUAGCCACCCUGUAGUCAUUGUCAGCAAGUCCGCAUGCAAGCGCUGUGCUGAGGUAAAGAAGUUAUUUGAGUCGAUGAGUGUUCCGUAUUUUUUGCUCGAACUUGAUCAAGCAGAGGACGCCCGGGGCCUGGAACUAGCGCUCUCGGAGCUGACGCCGGAGACCGACGCGCCCGUGGUGUUCGUGAAGCGGCGGAACAUAGGCGGCCAUGGUCCAACCCUGAAGGCUUAUCAAGAGGGCAGACUUCAAAACCUACUAAACAUGAAUGGCUCUGAGGAUCUUCCUGAGGUCUAUGACUAUGACCUCAUCAUCAUUGGAGGGGGCUCAGGAGGACUGGCAGCUGCUAAGGAGGCAGCCAGAUAUAAUAAGAAGAUAAUGGUCCUGGAUUUUGUCACUCCAACCCCUCGUGGAACUAGAUGGGGUCUCGGAGGAACAUGUGUAAAUGUGGGUUGCAUACCUAAAAAACUGAUGCACCAAGCAGCUCUGUUAGGACAAGCCCUACAGGACUCUCGGAACUAUGGUUGGAGCACCGAGGAGACGGUUAAACAUGACUGGGAUAAAAUGACAGAAGCUGUACAGAACCACAUUGGCUCUCUGAACUGGGGCUACCGGGUAGCUCUGCGGGAGAAAAAGGUGACCUAUGAGAAUGCAUAUGGACAGUUUGUGGGUCCUCAUAGGAUUAAGGCAACAAAUAACAAAGGCAAAGAAAAAAUUUAUUCAGCAGAGAGAUUUCUCAUUGCUACUGGUGAGAGGCCACGUUACUUGGGAAUCCCCGGUGACCGAGAGUACUGCAUCAGCAGUGAUGAUCUUUUUUCCUUACCUUAUUGCCCGGGUAAGACCCUGGUGGUUGGAGCAUCCUAUGUUGCCCUGGAAUGUGCUGGAUUUCUUGCUGGCAUUGGUUUAGAUGUUACUGUUAUGGUACGAUCCAUUCUCCUUAGAGGAUUUGACCAGGACAUGGCCAACAAAAUUGGUGAACAUAUGGAAGAACAUGGUGUCAAGUUUAUAAGACAGUUUGUACCAAUAAAAGUUGAACAAAUUGAAGCAGGGACACCAGGCCGACUCAGGGUGGUAGCUCAGUCCACCAGUAGUAGUGAAACCAUUGAAGGAGAGUAUAAUACGGUAUUGCUGGCAAUAGGAAGAGAUGCUUGCACAAGAAAAAUUGGCUUAGAAACCGUGGGAGUAAAAAUAAAUGAAAAGACUGGAAAAAUACCUGUCACAGAUGAAGAGCAGACCAAUGUACCUUACAUCUAUGCCAUUGGUGAUAUAUUGGAGGGGAAGCUGGAGCUCACCCCAGUAGCAAUCCAGGCAGGAAGAUUGUUGGCUCAGAGGCUUUAUGCUGGCUCCAAUGUGAAGUGUGAUUAUGAAAAUGUUCCAACAACUGUGUUUACUCCUUUGGAAUAUGGUGCCUGUGGUCUUUCUGAGGAGAGAGCUGUGGAGAAAUUCGGGGAAGAAAAUAUUGAGGUUUAUCAUAGUUACUUCUGGCCAUUGGAGUGGACAAUUCCCUCAAGAGAUAAUAACAAAUGUUACGCAAAAGUAAUCUGUAACAUCAAAGAUAAUGAACGUGUCGUGGGCUUCCACGUACUGGGUCCAAAUGCUGGAGAAGUUACACAAGGCUUUGCAGCUGCCCUCAAGUGUGGACUGACCAAAAUGCAGCUGGACAGUACCAUUGGAAUCCACCCCAUCUGUGCAGAGGUAUUCACGACCUUGUCAGUGACCAAGCGCUCUGGGGCAAGCAUCCUCCAGGCUGGCUGCUGAGGUUAAGCCCCAGUGUGGAUGCUGCUGCCAAUACUCCAAACCACUGCUGUGUUUCCUUGCCCAAACCCAAGGGGAAGUUUUUAGGAAGGUCUUGGGCUUUGGCACCUGGACGUCCUGUGCGCACAGCACCCAAGGCCCCCUUGGAUCUCCUGGGCAGGAGGUGGUGAAUGGAAGGCAGGCAGCGUCACACUGGGGUCACCGUGAAGGACUGGAACUGACAUUCGGCAUGCAUCGGCGUGGUGCGUCCAUGAAGUCACUGGCCUCAAGCCAUGCGGUGGGCAGUGAUGGAGCAACUGUCGAGCAGUUUUAGUGUGAUCUUUCCUUUCUGAGUUUGCCUAUUCUCACUGUUAAGCUUUUUAAUGUUGAUUCCUUUUUUUUUUCCCUCCAAGGUGUAAAUGAUACUAGAGAGGAGAAAUGUUAGCAGUUGGUUUUUGUUCAAAAGCAGGUCUUGAGUAUGCAAGUAAGGUGCCUUGUGCACGGGAGGCGUGGUUUGGUCACUUGGAGGCUGCUUAGGCUUGUCCUGCACAACAGAACUGUGCCAGGAUUCCAGUGUCCUGUCCUUUGUGACCAACCUAUCAUUCAGUGUCUCCCCUCAGGGGUUUUGUGUCAGAACAAGUACAGUUAUGACAAGAUCUGGCCACAUUUGUCCCAUUUGCUACAUCACCUACUGUUCUUAGUUUUAAUGCUGUUUAGGAAAAAAGGUGGCUCCUUGGCCAGCUUGUUUGAAGUAAUACUCCACUGCGCAGACCUAGUCAGAGAGGAGGUUUCCCACCAGGACUCACCGUGGAGGCAGAGGUGCACCUUUAAAUGGGGAGGAACAAUAAAUAUUUUCCUUUAUUUAGUGUAUCGUGUUGGUCUAAGUGAGCUCUUUCUCAGUAAGAAACAUUUAACUUGGGUAAUACUUUUUGGGGGUAACCUGAGCUUUAAGCUAAAAACAAAGACUAUCACAGCCUUACUUUUCAUGUGUGUUACAUAUCUAUCCCUUCCUAUGAGCUGUGUUCAUAGGAAAAUAGGUCCCCCACACUUACGAUUCAACUCUGUUAUGGUAAUUGAUGUUUUAAGGAAGUAUUAAUGUCCUAAGUUAUUAUUUUUGAACACAGGUGGACGUGAAGGAUUUUCAUUUAAAAACCAAAUGGUUUUGACUUUUUUUCUGUUGAAUGAAUGACUGAUCCUGGCAGAAUUGUGGUCAAAGCAUUCCAGCUUGUAGCAUGACAGAGAGGGUUGGCUCUGCAGUUCGAGAUUCCUACAUGAAUGUGCUGACUAUUCCACGAUGACGUGUGGGCCACUUUGUCUCUCAAAGUUGGAUCUGCACCAUAUGCUGUGGCUGUCAGGCCCCUGCCAGCCCAUCACCUCCUCUCAGCUCGAGUUCUCAGCAGCAACGCUGAGUGGCAGUACAUUUUUUGGUCACCUCAGGGAACUUCUGCAUCUGCCUGGCAUGUAGUCAGCAGGGUGCCUACCCCUGUCCCACACGGCUCUGCCUCACGCCCUCACCCAUAUGGCUCUUUGAAGAGCACAAAAAGGAAAACGGGGAUGUGGGGGGGAGGGGACAACAACUGAGGCAGUUGACUGUGUUCAGCUUUAUUUAUUUUUUUAAUCGAUUUUUUUUUUCUCCAAGACUACCAGUCUCAGAAGUUAGAACAAUAGGCAGUAUGAUAUGUUUGUGCCUAAUCAUGUUGUGAUUCUUUCUUCUUAGUAGAAUGGAAUGUUUGGCCCCCAUAAGAAGGAUUAUACUUGAUAGACUUGUCUUAUUUAGGUUCUGUAAUUGCCCACUGUACUGAGAUUCAUAUUAAAUUCCAUGUAUUUUUGUUAUGUAUCUUCUGGGGAAAAAAAAAAAAAACUGUGAAACAUUAAAAGGUAUUA